AUGUUGCAUUCCAGCGUCGUCGGCAGGAACAUUAAUGGGAGCAUCCGUGGUUCAUUUAUGGUUUCGGCUGUCAUUAACUACGUAUUCGACAUGAAACUGUUGAGGUUCUACUACGAUGCAAACGACCGAAUGGAGAGAAUUUGUCGUACGCAACUCGACUGGAUGCAAAGUUACAACGCACAUCACCGAGACAACAGACCAUGA